AUGCCCUUUUCCGAUCACAUCCCGAAUAUCCAACAUGCGCGACGCAAAGAUCUGUACACGAGCUUCCCAAAACGCAUGGCGUACAUCCAGGCGUUUAUAAAUUUCACUCGAGAUGACAUUACAACCUUCAACAAGGGCGCGAGAUACCUCAAAGCCGCCAUCCCAGGCCUGACACAUCGCCUCUACGAGAAAAUGCUCGAGUUCGACAUCACGGCGCGCGCCCUGCGUACGCGAAGUACAAGCUCCGAGGUCCAGGUCGACGAUUACUUUACCAUCGAUAGCCCGCAUGUCCAACGGCGCAAGAUCUUCUGGAAGUGGUAUUUGACGCGCUUCUUCUCGGACCCCAGCCAGAUCGAGUACUGGCAGUACCUGGAGAAAGUCGGGACGAUGCACACGGGGAAAAUCUUAUUGCACCCUUUGACGAUCGAGUAUAUCCACAUGAAUGCCUGUCUCGGGUACUUGAAAGAGCUGCUUCUCGAGACGAUUUUCCUGCAUGAGGAGAUGACCGUCGCCUUCAAGUUCGCAUUGGUCCGCUCUCUCAGCAAGAUCCUCUGUAUCCAGAACGAUCUGAUCGCCAGGUGUCACAUCCGCGACGGCGAGGAAUAUCUGGAAGAGUUUUCGAACGGGGAAGAGAUACCCAAGCCCGAACCCGCGGUUUCUGAGAGGGAGGAGGUCGCCUCGGCCGUCUCCGACCAGAAAAGCGUCUCGCAUCUGUCCAUUCGCAGCUCCAACAACUCCCGGCCGGCAUCUGCGGACGACACACCGGCUUCCCCGAUGAGUUUCGGGCGCGUGAGCUCCACCACUACUACCACCGCUUCCUCCGAUACGGCCUCCAUCUCUAGUAGUUCCCGGGUGCCACUCAAGAACCCCGGGGUGAUCCCAGUCUUCGUGUCGCCGUUCAAAGCGGAGCACUCGCAGACAUACGAGACGAAGAUCUGGUCGAGUGGGAAAGGGGGGAAAUCGAAAGGCCUCGGAUACCGAACGCAAUGA